GGGAGCCCCGGGGCGGGACGCCGGGACGGACGGGGCGGCUCGGACUGGGGCGCCGCCCCUGCGCUCCGCGCACACCCGGAAGCAGCGCGAGUCCAGUGGAAGCCGGCGGGCGUGGGAAUCCAGGCCGGGCCAAGGCGGCCAGGAGGCAAGAUGGCGGCUGGGCCAAAUGGGCUUGAGGAGUGGGUGGGCAGCGCAUACCUGUUUGUGGAGUCCUCGCUGGACAAAGUGGUCUUGUCCGAUGCCUACGCUCACCAGCAGCAGAAAGUGGCAAUGUACAGGGCUCUCCGGACUGCCCUGGCAGAGAGUGGCGGGAGCCCCGACGUGCUGCAGAUGCUCAAGAUCCACCGCAGUGACCCGCAGUUGAUCGUGCAACUGCGUUUCAGCGGGCGCCAGACGUGCGGCCGCUUCCUCCGCGCCUACCGCGAGGGGGCGCUGCGAGCCACGCUGCAAGGGUACCUGGCUCGGGCACUGGCCCUGAACGCGGUGCCGCUGCAACUGGAACUGCGUGCUGGCGCCGAGCAGCUGGAUGCCGUGUUGACCGACGAGGAGCGCUGUUUGAACUGCAUAUGCGCGCAGAAGCCUGACCGGCUCCGGGAUGAGGAACUCACCGAGUUGGAGGAUGCGCUCAGGAAUCUGACAUGCGGCUCGGCGGCGGGCCAAGGGGGCGACGUGCAAGGCACUCCAGCCCCCUCGCAGUCUCUGGCACCUUCUCCGCCAGAGGAGAAACCGCCACCCCCGCCGCCUGGCCAGACUUUUUUCUUCCAGGGUCAGCCCAUAGUGAACCGGCCGUUGAACCUGCAGGAUCAACAGAAGUUCGCCCGCUCCGUGGGCCUCAAGUGGCGCAAGGUGGGGCGCUCUCUGCAGCGCAGCUGCCGCGCGCUGCGGGACCCGGCGUUGGACUCACUGGCCUAUGAAUACGAGCGCGAAGGGCUAUACGAGCAGGCCUUUCAGCUGCUGCGGCGCUUCGUGCAGGCCGAGGGCCGCCGUGCCACGCUGCAGCGCCUGGUGGAGGCACUCGAAGAGAACGAGCUCACCAGCCUGGCGGAGGACUUGCUGGGCCUGGCGAACCCUGACGGCGGCCUGGCCUAGGCAGAGUACCAGAGAAAGGGGAGGUCGGUCAGUUGCCCAGUCAGGGUUUGGAGCAUCUGGAUGACCGUAGGGUCCCUCCUGCUGCUACUGCUGACCUCUUGUCCACCACGCGACUCUGAGACCACACUUAGCAACCCCACUUAGCUGAGUUGCUGGAGCUGCUGCGCAGAGAUGAUGGCGGCCCUCUCCAGGAGUCAGACAAGCACCCACCGUGUCUGCUGGGGUGCCAAUGGGCAGUUGUGUUCUAGAUACUAGGAUAGAGACAGAGUGAAUGGGUCUCUGUCCUAGUAUCUAGAACAGACCUGCUGCAAGGUCUGCUUCACCUUCUCCCACCCUAGAAGAAGGACUUUCAGCCAGACUUUACCUCUUCAUUCAUUAUUAUUCAUUAAGGACCUGCUGUAUCCUAGGUAUCAUCCUGGGUGCUGCAAAUACUGUGGUGAACAAAACACACGAAUCUUGUCUGUCGUCAGUUUACAAUCAGUGUGGGACUCUGAAUAUAAAGUAAUAAAAUACUACCCAUUUUUUGGAUGUGAAAAAUACAA